AUGACACUGGCCAUAGGUGACGGGGCCAAUGAUGUGUCAAUGAUCCAAAUGGCAGAUGUUGGUGUUGGAAUAUGUGGGCAGGAAGGACGUCAAGCAGUGAUGGCAUCAGAUUUUGCUAUGGGGCAAUUUCAGUUCUUGAAAAGAUUACUUCUUGUUCAUGGACACUGGAAUUACCAGCGUGUCGGUUAUUUAGUUAUGUACAACUUCUACCGCAAUGUUGUCUUUGUGUUGAUGUUAUUUUGGUAUAUAUUAUGCACGGCUUUUUCUACAACUUCUGCAUUAACAGAUUGGAGUAGUGUAUUCUAUUCUGUGCUAUACACAUCUGUACCCACAAUUUUUGUUGGUAUUUUGGACAAAGACUUGAGUCAUAGGACGCUUUUGCAUAUGGCAGCACCUCAACUUAUUGCAGAAGAUUGGGUAGCUUGCGACAGAUGCCAGAAAUGGAGGCUUCUACCUACUGGCUUAAAGCCAGAGCAACUUCCAGAGAAAUGGUUGUGUGUCAUGCUUAAUUGGCUGCCUGGGAUGAAUUCUUGUGACUUCAGUGAGGAUGAGACAACAAAGGCAUUGUAUGCUUCAUAUCAAGUGCCGAUUUCUGAGGGUCAAAAUAACUUGCAAACGCAUGCCUCUGAAACUGCAUUUGGAGUGAGCUCUGCUGAUGCAUCACAGUUUGGUCUGAAUCACAAAAAGUCCAAUUCUAACGUGUUGCUUGACCAAGGAAAGAAGAAACCUGUUUUUAAGGAAAAGAUAAUGUCAGGAAAGCUCAAUGCUCAAGUAUCAGGAAAAAAUAGAAACUUGAAUCAACAUUCUACAGAUUCUAAACCAAUGAAGAUGAAACAUCCCAGCAGGUCUAACAACACGAUAGAAGAGAGACAUGUGUCCGAAGAGAGAGAAAAGCAAACAAGUGAAGGUACCAGAAAGUAUAUUAAGUUGAAACGUAAGACAGAUGCUGAUCAAACUAGUUCUGGAACUCCUAAGAAAUCAAAAACUGAACAUGUUCCCUAUGCUGAUAAACAACCGAAUCCUGGCACGGGCCUUGGGAAGGUGGUUCCAAAACAAGAGGCUAUAAUACAAUUUGUUAUUGACGCAAUUCAAGCGGAAGCUUUUAAUCCCAAGACUCUUUUUCUGAUUGGCAGCUAUACAAUUGGAAAAGAAAGGCUAUUCUUGGAGGUUGCUCGUUUGCUUCGCAAAAAGGUUUACGUAACUACAGCAAAAUUACGCCUUUUAAACUGUUUAGAAUUUACUGAGGAGGAUAUGCAGUGGUUUACUUCAAAUGAGCAUGAAAGCAAUAUUCAUGUUGCCCCUAUGUGGACACUCGCAAGCUUUAAAAGAUUGAAGCACAUAUCAAGUCAAUAUGCGAGUCGGUUCAGUCUUAUAGUUGCUUUCUCUCCUACUGGUUGGACAUUUGGCAAAGGUAAAAAGAAGUCUUCUGGAAGAAGGUGGCAGCAGGGUACUGUUAUAAGGUAUGAAGUUCCUUACAGUGAGCAUUCCAGCUUUACAGAACUCAAAGAGUUUGUAAAUUUUGUGUCUCCCAAUAACAUUACACCAAGUGUAAAUAAUGAUGGACCAGAAUCUGCGGAAGCAAUGGUUUCUCUCCUGUCAACUUGA